CAGCCCAUAAUCAAACCCCAGCCCAAUUACAAAAUCAAAGUCGGUAAUAUAUAAUAUCCAAACAAAGCGCAGAAUUAAUCACCUGUACUAGCAGCUGAAUCACAGAUCAUCUUCUUCUCCACAUUUCAAUGGCACCUAUAAAGGGAAUACUUUCUCUACAAAGGGCUGCUUUGUUUCGGCGUCACAAUGAGCAUCUGGGUAUAGUUAGUAGAUUGUUCAGUACUCAGUCUGCAACUACUGGUACUACUCCUCAGCCACCCCCGCCACCCCCUCCUCCUGAGAAGACUCAUUUUGGCGGUCUGAAGGAUGAAGAUCGUAUUUUCACCAAUGUCUACGGUAUACAUGACCCAUUUCUUAAAGGUGCUCUAAAACGAGGCGACUGGCAUAGAACUAAAGACCUUGUAAUCAAGGGAACUGAUUGGAUUGUAAAUGAAAUGAAGAAAUCCGGGCUUCGGGGACGUGGUGGUGCUGGUUUUCCAUCUGGUCUUAAGUGGUCCUUUAUGCCUAAGGUAUCUGAUGGCCGCCCUUCAUAUCUUGUAGUCAAUGCUGAUGAGAGUGAACCUGGAACUUGCAAGGACAGAGAAAUCAUGCGUCACGAUCCACACAAGUUACUAGAGGGAUGCUUGAUCGCUGGAGUGGGAAUGAGGGCUAGUGCGGCAUAUAUUUACAUUAGAGGUGAAUAUGUGAAUGAACGACUAAACCUUGAAAUUGCAAGGCAAGAAGCAUACAAAGCUGGAUAUUUAGGGAAGAAUGCUUGUGGAUCUGGUUAUGAUUUUGAUGUACAUAUCCACUUUGGCGCUGGUGCCUAUAUAUGUGGUGAAGAGACAGCACUCCUAGAGAGUCUUGAAGGAAAACAAGGAAAACCUAGACUGAAGCCUCCUUUUCCCGCUAAUGCAGGGCUUUAUGGGUGCCCUACAACUGUUACAAAUGUGGAAACUGUAGCAGUUUCCCCGACAAUUCUAAGGCGUGGACCGGAGUGGUUUUCUAGCUUUGGCAGGAAGAAUAAUUCUGGUACAAAACUAUUUUGCAUCUCUGGUCAUGUAAACAAACCGUGUACAGUUGAAGAGGAGAUGAGUAUACCAUUGAAGGAGCUGCUAGAGAGGCACUGUGGUGGUGUGAGAGGUGGAUGGGACAAUUUGCUUGCAGUAAUUCCGGGUGGUUCAUCUGUUCCAUUGAUCCCUAAGAAUGUAUGUGAGGAUGUGCUGAUGGAUUUUGACGCACUGAAGGCUGUUCAAUCGGGAUUGGGAACUGCAGCUGUGAUCGUCAUGGACAAGUCAACUGAUGUUGUAGAUGCAAUUGCAAGGCUUUCUUACUUUUACAAGCAUGAGAGUUGUGGACAGUGUACACCUUGCAGGGAGGGUACAGGAUGGCUAUGGAUGAUCAUGGAAAGAAUGAAGGUUGGGAAUGCAAAGUUGGAGGAGAUUGACAUGCUUCAAGAAGUCACAAAACAGAUUGAAGGGCACACUAUUUGUGCUUUGGGUGAUGCUGCUGCUUGGCCUGUUCAGGGUCUUAUCAGGCACUUCAGGCCGGAGCUUGAAAGGAGAAUCAGGGAGCGGGCAGAUAGGGAGUUGCAGCAAGCUGCUGCCGCCUGAAUAACUGUAUCAGAUGCUGCAUCCCAUGGAAUAAAGAUGUAGAAUGUACUCUGGACAUGGUGAAGUUAAGUUGCUUGUGAUGCUGACUUUCAUCUGGAGUAAAAUGUUUGUUAUAUUAUAUAUUUUAUUCUCAGAUUGCACACAAUGAGAUGCUAUAAUUCCUUUUUGAUGUAUGUGAACUAGUUUUCCCAGUUAACUUGUCUGUUUUGAGGAUAUAAGAGCAUUCAUGAUUACAUUGAAAUUUUUUUAUGUUUGUUAAUAAGACGAAGAAUCGGUGCUCUUCAUUUA